AUGAGUAUCUCAUAAUUUAAAGAAAGCGAUUUCCCCAAAACUUUAAGAGGGUAUUAAUAUGAAUGCAUUCUUGGUAAUGGGACGUAUGGAGUUGUCUGUAAAUACAAUAAAGAUGGAGCAUCGUUCGCUGUUAAGUUUGAAUCUCAGUAUAGCAAUACUUAGAUGAUUCAGGAGAAACAAAGACUCAAAAUGAUAGAUGCUGAAAAUCAAAAAAUCUAAGAUGAAAAUCUAAAAAUCAAAGCUCCCAAGAUAAUACUUGACGGUUCCAUCAGAGCCUAGAAUAAUUCAUCUAUUACCUUCAACUACAUUAUUCUAGAUUUCCUAUCACAAAGCAUUUUCGAUGGUUAAUAGUAUCUAUCAAAAAGCAAUUUGGCAGUCUAGAUGAUAUAACAGCUUGAAAAUUUGCAUGCAAUAGGCAUUGUGCACAGAGAUGUCAAAUUGGAAAAUUUCAUGAUUAAUAACAAUUAGGUCUAUCUUAUAGAUUUAGGCGCUUCAAAAGAAUAUUUAGUGAAGAAUGAGUUUGGUGAAACGUCUCAUUUACCGUUGAAGACUCAAUGUUCUAUAAUGGGUACACCUUACACAGCUUCAUUAAAUUCUCAUAGAUGUAUUGAAGUUGUGAGAGCUGAUGACUUAAUUUCUGUAAUCUACUCAUUGAUUUGGCUUUGGGAUGAUUCUUUCCCAAUGAAAGUCUAAGUUCUCUAAUCUAUAGAGAGAAACGCCUCAGUUUAAGAGUAAUUCGCAAUAUGCUAUUAAUUAAAGUAGUCUCUUAGAGCAAGUCAUCUUAGUAACUUCCCAUAUCUUCAAAAGUGA